GCCGCCGUCGACCGCCCCGGAAGCCUCGCGUCGAAGGAAGAACUCGGCUGUGGCGAUGUAAACAGGAGCGGGCGCUGAGGGACGCGCCGUACGAGCCCGCGGGGAAGGAGAAGGCGCGGAGUCCCUCGUUCCUGGCCGCCGCCGCCGCCGCCAUCAUGGGGAAGUCUUUCGCCAACUUCAUGUGUAAGAAGGACUUCCACCCUGCCUCCAAAUCCAAUAUCAAAAAGGUAUGGAUGGCAGAACAGAAGAUAUCUUACGACAAGAAGAAACAAGAAGAGUUAAUGCAACAAUACCUUAAAGAGCAGGAAUCUUACGACAACAGAUUGCUUAUGGGCGAUGAACGUGUGAAGAAUGGUCUCAAUUUUAUGUAUGAGGCACCACCAGGAGCAAAGAAGGAAGAGACCAAAGAGCAAGAAGGAGAAACAGAGUACAAAUUCGAAUGGCAGAAGGUAGCUCCACGUGAAAAAUAUGCUAAGGAUGACAUGAAUAUUAGAGAUCAGCCAUUUGGUAUCCAGGUGCGGAAUGUGAGGUGCAUUAAAUGUCACAAGUGGGGCCAUGUGAAUACAGACCGAGAAUGUCCUUUGUUUGGUCUUUCUGGGAUUAAUGCAAGCUCUGUUUCCAAUGAAGGAUCAGGGCCAUCAAUGCACCCCUCGGAGCUAAUAGCGGAGAUGAGAAACAGUGGGUUUGCACUGAAACAAAAUGUACUGGGGAGAAACUUGACCGCAAAUGAUCCAUCACAGGAAUUUGUUGCAAGUGAAGGAGAAGAUGACCCAGAAGUGGAAUUUUUAAAAUCCUUGACGACUAAGCAAAAACAAAAACUUUUGAGGAAACUGGAUCGCCUGGAGAAGAAAAAGAAGAAGAAGAAGAAAGAUCGGAAGAAGAAAAAGCAGCAGAAGAGAAAAAGCAAAACUAAACACAGGAAACAUAAGAGCAGCUCCUCUUCCACAUCCUCCAGUGAGACUUCAGUAAGCAGCAGCAGUGGCGAGACCGACAGCCCAGAUAAAGCAGCACAAAAGAAGAUGGAUUCUAAGGCAAGGAAAAAAGGCACGUUUUCAGAGGCUGGCAGCAGUGAUUCUGAAGGGAAGGCAAAGACGAAGGAGAAACUUUACGAAGAGCGCUCUAGCAGUCAUGGUAACAAGGACAAAGAUAGGGAGAAGUGUAGACUUUUAAAGCAAGACAGUUCUGGGAAGAACAACAAAUGGAGCUCCUGGGAGGGCAGAAGAAAGCCCCGGAGCAGAUCCAAUAGCACAGACGAGAGAAGGGAAUCUGAAAGUCACGGGAGCACAAGCAGAAGCCGUGAGGAGAGGAGCAGGAGAGGUUCUCACGCAAGACACAGGAGCCGCAGCCCCCAGGCAAAGCAGCACGGGAGAGACAAAACCCAAAGCCACAGCUCAGGCCGAGCCAGAGAGGAGCGCAGACACAGGGACUACGAGAGAGAGGAGCCUGUGGAAAUGGAGCAGAGAGAGAGAAGUCGGAGCCGAGAGAGGAAAAAAUAGAUCAUGUGGGAGGCAGAUGCAACCUCUCCUCGCUUCUGUUCUCCUUUUGUUGUCGAACACCUUUAGUAAGGGCUGCUGGCACUCGUUCUAAUGAAUUGGUUGUUUUCCAUGCAGUGUCACACGCCUGCUUCCAGUAGCCCUAUAUGUUUUAUAUGAAGGCUGUCAACAAAACAACAAAAGUUUUUCAACCCGAA